GUAUACCGAGGCUAGAAACUUGUGCUGUCAUUGCUUAUCAUCUGUCAAAGGAAAGAGCUUCGUCUUCUUUCUUCCUUCCUCUUGUCUUUGUACUUACCAGACGGAUUGAGCUGCCAGACUGUCUUUGCUGACUCAUACGUUUCGAACAUCAUUUUUACAUUUAAAACAGACGCAUAAUGUCGGGUAUUGACGCUGAAGAGGCGCAGUUCCAGAAGGAGGUUCAGGAGGUCAAACAGUGGUGGUCAGAUUCGAGAUGGAGGUACACCAGGAGGCCGUUUACAGCAGAGGACAUUGUUUCCAAGAGGGGUAAUCUCAAGAUCACAUAUCCGAGCAAUAGCCAGUCGAAGAAACUCUGGGACAUUGUUGAAAGUCGUUUCAAGAACAAAGAUGCGAGCUUCACAUACGGAUGUCUCGACCCAGUCAUGGUUACGCAGAUGGCAAAGUACCUGGAUACAGUGUAUGUUUCUGGAUGGCAAGCUUCGUCAACAGCUUCAUCAACAGAUGAGCCAGGUCCAGAUCUCGCAGAUUACCCCUACACAACCGUACCAAACAAGGUUGGCCAUCUAUUCAUGGCACAGCUCUUCCAUGACCGAAAGCAACGUGAAGAACGUCUGACGACUGCGAAAGCCGACCGCGCGAAGGUUGCAAACACCGACUUCCUCCGACCGAUCAUUGCAGAUGCGGAUACUGGACAUGGAGGUCUCACAGCUAUCAUGAAGCUUACCAAGCUAUUCAUCGAGAAGGGUGCUGCUGGCAUACAUAUUGAGGAUCAAGCACCAGGAACGAAGAAGUGCGGACAUAUGGCAGGAAAGGUAUUGGUGCCGAUUAGCGAGCAUAUCAAUCGCUUGGUCGCUAUCCGAGCACAGGCUGAUAUCAUGGGAACCAAUCUCCUUGCAGUUGCCCGUACCGACUCGGAGGCUGCUACUCUAAUCACGUCUACAAUUGACCCUCGUGACCAUCACUACAUCCUAGGAUGCACAAACCCUGCCCUACAGCCCCUAAGCGAGCUCAUGUACGCUGCCGAACAAGCCGGCAAGAACGGUGCAGAGCUCCAAGCAAUCGAAGAUUCCUGGAUCAAAGAAGCCAAUCUAAAGCUCUACCACGAAGCCGUCAUCGACACCAUCAACGCCGGCGUCCACGUCGACAAGCAAAGCAUGAUCAGCGAAUUCUUGGCCAAGAGUAAAGGCAAGAGUAACUCUGAAGCCCGUGCCAUUGCUGCCGGCUUAACUGGCGUCGAUGUAUACUUCAACUGGGAAGCAGCUCGAACCCGCGAGGGUUACUAUAGGUACCAAGGCGGGUGUCAAUGUGCCAUCAACCGCGCCGUCGCCUACGCCCCUUACUGCGACAUGAUAUGGAUGGAAUCCAAACUCCCCGACUACGCCCAAGCCAAGGAAUUCGCCGACGGCGUCCACGCUGUCUGGCCUGAACAAAAACUCGCAUACAACCUCUCCCCCUCGUUCAACUGGAAAGCAGCCAUGCCGCGCGACGAGCAGGAAACUUACAUCCAGCGCCUCGCCAAGUUGGGCUACUGCUGGCAGUUCAUCACGCUCGCUGGUCUACACCAGAGCGCCCUCAUGGCCGACACCUUCUCCAAGGCGUACGCUAAACAGGGCAUGCGUGCGUACGGCGAGAUUAUCCAGGAACCAGAGGCGGAUAACAAGGUCGAUGUGUUGACGCAUCAGAAGUGGAGUGGGGCGAAUUAUGUGGAUAAUUUGCUCAAGAUGGUUAGUGGGGGUGUGAGUUCUACGGCGGCUAUGGGCAAGGGUGUUACGGAGGAUCAGUUCAAGUGA